AUGAUGAACCUUCGGCGCAAAUAUAGCGAACUUAGUUCGUGGCUGCCUGGUCCAGUCAGCGUGCUAUCCACCGGCUUUAUUCUCAAAGGGGAGCGCGGAGCUUUAACCUGCUGGCUUCAGGGUUCUUCUGGUACUGGCAAGACAUAUCUCACAUCGAGGGUCAUUGAUCUUGUUCAGGGCAUGCUCAACAACACCCCAAAGGAUGAAGGCUUCACAUUCUUCUACUGUGACAAGACCGAACCAAAUUAUGGGCAGGCACUGUCUAUUUUCCAAAGCUAUAUGCACCAGCUUUCCACCACCGCAAGGAACCCCGGAUCUAUUCAGACUCGACUUAAGGAGAAGUGCAAGAAAGCUCAAGACGCAGGCUCAACUCUCAGAUUUGAUGCAUGCAAGCAGCAGAUCCUAGAGUCCCUGAAUCUUUACACAAAAACCACGCUAGUUCUUGAUGCCUUUGAUGAAUGCGACCCCGAAUCGCGUGGAGAAUUGGCUGAUGCGCUGAAAUCUCUCCUACUUCUGUCAAAGAAUACCGUCAAGGUAUUUAUCUCAAGCCGGCCUGAUCCAGACAUCCAAUGCGAAUUGGAAGGGUGUACCAGCGUAAGUAUCCAAGCAAGCAGCAACCAACUGGAUAUCCAGAAUUUCCUUGAAGAAGAGCUGGAAAAGCUUGCAAAAACAACCGCGUGUAUUAGACGCUUGAAAACCGCUAUUGUGGAUAAACUGCUUGCACGUUGUCAGGGAAUGUUCCAGUGGGCAGCUCUGCAGAUCCACCAGAUACGCACAUGUAAAACUGACAGUUCUGUUUUGAAACGCCUUGACACCCUUCCAGAAGGCCUCCAGAAGGCAUACGACGAGGUCUGGAGCGAGAUCGAAAGAUUGGAGGAGCCGGACCAAAGACUGCUCUUGUUGGACGACGAAAUUGACGAGCCAGGCUUGCUGUCACUUUGUAAGAAUCUCCUUGUUAUUGACUCUCAGUUGAACGUGUGGCGGUUUGUACAUCUGUCGGUUUGUGAAUACCUCGAAAACAAAGUGAAAUGGACCAUUGAACGGGCACAUUUUCACGCUGCCAGGGUUUCGCUCUUGGUCCUCGACGACACUUUCAAGAAAAUUGGCCCUGACGCUGCAUCGGACCCAUCAGAUUGGCCCACGGAACCCGACAGCUUCAAUCUCAGUCACCCAUUUCAGAUUUGCACAAAAUUAUCACACAGUACAGUACUGUAA